CAAGAAACCAAACAAAAAUCAAAAGGUUCGGUUACCGCGUGUCUCGCCAUUUCCAUGGCUUCCCUCCAUUCAAAACUAACAAUUUCAUUUCAUUUCCAUAAUCUUUUCAGAUCCCAUAUCCUCACUUCUUCCAUACCCAAAACUUUGAUAUGUCUUAGGCACAAUUUAAGUGGAGGAUUGAAUCGAAAUUCUGCCUUGUUAAGCUCUCCCAUGUUCUUGGAAUUCUGUGCUACCCAUCUCGGAUUAUCAAAGGCUUGGAUUCGAGAUCCAUCUCGUUAAGGGCAAGUAAAUGGUUAUUAAGUUAAGCGGGGAUCUUUCCUAGAGUUGUGGCAUUCGUCAGUAUAUAUAUAUUUCUGGUGCAUCGAGGAUUCUUAAAAGGGGAACAGCUGUUAGGAAUUGAACCCGAACUCCUGCAUCAUGAGGUAGGCACUCGGACACCCAGGCUUCUAGCCAAAUGGAGAAUCAUCAAACAUUUUUUUCUCUGACAAAAGCUUGGAUUUAUCUAGCAUAAUGAAAUGAGAAGAAUAUUCUGGUGCAUUGCUUCUGUAAUGAUGAGAGAAGUGUUGCGACGUUGCCUAUGGUACAGAGUUGAUUGGAGAAAACUGCUCAUGGGCAGUGCCAUCAUGACAGUUAUUGGGAUUCUGGUUCCAACUUUUGUUUUACCUCCCUUGAAUAUGUGGUAUUUUCCUUCACAUUUAGCAAUUCCAUCACAUGUAUCUUUGAAUGCUAGCAUGCAGUUAAAAAAGACUGUUACUGAAGCAAGACUUGAACAAUAUCAUAUUGUUCCAACUGCUCCAAUUCUUUCAGUGAAUUCUAAAAGAGUAGCGUCUAAGGAAGCUAAAGUUAAAGUCUCUCGAAAGAAAAAUUCCGUAGCUAGAAGGAGAAGGAAGAAGAAUAAGGUAAAUGAUGAUGCAAAGGUCGUACCUCCUGUGCCACCUCGUGUUCCUGUCCCACAUCAGUUGCAGAGAUACAUUUGGUCUUUGUCGCCAAAUGAUGCCCUCUUGUAUGCGAAAAAGGAGAUUGAGAGUGCCCCUGUUAUCAGUGAUGAUCCUUAUCUGUAUGCUCCUUUGUUCCUCAAUGUUUCCGUUUUCAAGAGGAGCUAUGAAUUGAUGGAGCUGAUACUUAAAGUUUAUAUCUACCCUGAUGGGAAGAGACCUAUAUUUCAUGUACCUCAUCUCAAUGGAAUUUAUGCUUCUGAAGGAUGGUUUAUGAAAUUUAUGGAGGAAAACCGACAGUUUGUCACAAGGGAUCCAGAAAAAGCUCACUUAUUUUAUCUACCGUAUAGUGCACGGCAGUUGCAGAUGGCACUUUAUGUGCCUAACUCACAUAAUCUUAGGCCACUGUCAAUCUUCAUGAGAGAUUAUGCAAAUAUGAUUGCUACAAAGUAUCCUUUUUGGAACCGCACACAUGGAAGGGAUCAUUUUCUUGUUGCUUGCCAUGACUGGGGUCCAUACACGUUGACUAUGCACGAGGAACUAACCAAGAAUACCAUAAAAGCUCUAUGCAAUGCUGAUGCAUCUGAAGGUAUAUUUGAUCCUACCAAGGAUGUUUCCCUACCUGAAACAACUAUAAGGAUUCCCAGGAGACCUCUUAAAAACGUUGGUGGUGGAAUAAGGGUAUCACAGCGUCCAAUCCUUGCCUUCUUUGCUGGAAACAUGCACGGUAGAGUCCGUCCAACACUUCUUCAAUACUGGCAAAACAAAGAUGAAGACUUGAAAAUUUAUGGGCCUUUACCAGCUAGAAUUUCACGAAAGAUGAAUUAUGUUCAACACAUGAAAUCUAGUAGAUACUGUAUAUGCCCGAUGGGGCAUGAAGUGAACAGCCCUCGGAUUGUUGAGGCCAUCUAUUACGAGUGUGUUCCAGUCAUCAUUGCAGAUAACUUUGUUCUUCCUUUCAGCGAUGUGUUAGAUUGGAGUGCUUUCUCUAUUGUUGUGGCUGAGAAGGAUAUUCCCAAACUGAAGGAGAUUCUGUUGGCUAUACCACUAAGAAGAUACCUUACAAUGCUAACUAAUUUAAAGAUGUUGCAGAGACAUUUUCUCUGGAACCCAAGGCCACUUAGAUAUGAUCUGUUCCACAUGAUUCUGCAUUCCAUCUGGUUUAGCAGGCUAAACCAGAUUCAGAUUCCAGAGUCAUAGUAAUGCUCGUUGCAGUAUACUCUAGCAAAGUAUACUUGACCAGUGCUGAUGAGCUAAAAAGAAUCGAGAUUUGUGGCAGGGGGCUAAUUUCAAUUCUGACGAUAGUUGACAAUAGGAAGGUGUAGCUGUUGAGAUUAUGGAUCAGAUACAAAACAUUAUGCGUGUAGCUGGAGCUGGUUCAGUAUUUAUACAUAUAAGCAAAUGACAGUUCAUAAUGCAUUAUUCUAGUUACAAACUACUAGUCAUACCCGCGCUUUUGCAUUUCAAAUAUAUAUCAUUUAUCAUUCACAGAAA